ACAGAGAGGAAGAGGGAGGGCUGUGUGGCGUGAGGCAGUACGUGUGCUCAGUUUGCUCAGCGUUUAGGUGAACCCACAAGCCUCUGCCUCACAAGGAUACAGGAUCACAGAGAGGAGCCACACUGCCUUGUUCCCAGCAUCUUCUCUCCCCUCUGUCCUCUUGUUUCAUUUGGCUGCCGGGGUCUUCUGCGUUUUGUUUCUGCCCCUUUUCUUUUGUUCCCCACAUCUCUCUCUGUUUCACCUCAACCCAGAACGGAGGAAAGGAAGGCAAAGCAGAGUCAGAGGCAUCUUCCUCCCUGCACGCCCAGCCGGUGUUGGGUGCUGAUGCUGUGACCAGCGUGAGGAGCUGACAAGCCCUGUUUGAUGCAGUGAAGUGAUCCAGUGGAAAAUAAACUCACAUAAAGAAGGUCGCCAGCCAUGGGGAACCUCAUUAAGGUCCUUGGCAAGGAUUUAGAGAACUGUCCGCAUUUUUUCCUGGACUUUGAAAAUGCCCAGCCCACAGAGGCAGAGACCGCCGUGUGGAACCAGGUCAGUGCCGUGCUGGAGGAGGCCCACGGGAUCCUGGCAGAGCUGCAGUCCUAUAACGGCGCGGGGCAGGAGAUACGAGAAGCCAUCCAGAACCCAGGCGACCUGGCUCUUCAGGAGAAGGCCUGGAAUGCAGUGUGCCCCUUGGUGGCCAAGCUGAAGAGGUUCUACGAGUUCUCCCUGAGGCUGGAGAAUGCCCUGCGCAGCCUGCUGGAGGCGCUGACGAGCCCGCCCUACGCCCCCAUGCAGCACCUAGAGCGGGAGCAGGCCCUGGCCAAGCAGUUCGCCGAGAUCCUUCAUUUUACCCUCAGCUUCGAUGAACUGAAGAUGACGAACCCAGCCAUUCAGAAUGACUUCAGCUACUACAGGAGGACCAUCAGCAGGAACAGGCUGAACAAUCAGCAGCUGGACGCAGAGAACGAGGUGAACAACGAGAUGGCCAAUCGGAUGUCUCUAUUCUACGCCGAGGCCACACCGAUGCUGAAAACUCUGAGUAAUGCCACCACCAAGUUUGUUUCAGAGAAUAAGACCCUGCCCAUAGAGGACACCACAGACUGCCUGAGCACCAUGGCCUGCGUGUGUCGUGUCAUGCUGGAGACUCCGGAGUACCGCUGCCGCUUCACCAACACAGACACCAUGCUGUUCUGCAUGAGGGUGAUGGUGGGCGUCAUCAUCCUCUACGACCACGUUCAUCCUGUCGGAGCUUUUGCCAAAACCUCCAAAAUCGACAUGAAGGGCUGCAUCAAAGUGCUGAAAGAGCAACCAUCCAACAGCGUGGAGGGACUUCUGAACGCACUAAGGUAUACAACACGACAUCUAAAUGAUGACAGCACCUCCAAACAAAUCCGGGCUCUCCUGCAGUGAAAGAAGGAGGGAAGCAAAGAAGAAACAGACACCAGUGGCUGAAAAAAAUAAAUAAAUAAACCUGUUUGUUUACAAAGAGUGAAGAAAAUGACCUGCAGGUCAGAGAGCAACCUGCCGACAACAAGAGGAAUUUAAUUCUAUAUAUUAUCAGCUGUCCAUCAUUCUGUCUCUCAUUUUGUAAAGAAAGAAAAAAAGCCAGAUUUGAAGAUAUAGAUAUAUAUUAAGAGGUGAAACAAGCUGCAGAUUAACAGUAGGUAGGAUUAAAGAAGCUAUAUUGACAAAAAUUAAGGGUUGAAACCAAAAUGUAUGAAAAGAAAUGGUGUUCCAGCCGUAGACUGACCAGUAUUUUUGCACACGCUUUAAAAAAAAAAAAAACUUUUCCUGGAAUUUUGUUCCAAAACUGGUUCCCCAGAGCUGUUGGGUUCUCUUGCUGCACCUCGGCCCCCCUCGGCCCCCCCUCAGCUGCCCGGUGAGUCAUGAAGCAAUGUGAUGGAGUCACUCCGGAGAUUUGCUUCCUUUUUCGUCACUUUCUUUUCUACAUCAGUGCAGCUGUGGGGGGUGGGGACAUGAUCCUCUGUUUACAUCCGCCCCACUCAUCCAUCUGGACUUGUUGUUUCUUUUCCCCACCUUGGCACUAAACAGUGUUCCAGCACAUUCAAUUUUCUUUUCUGACUUUACUUGAACGAUGUUCUUCACGUCGUGACCUUCUUGGUGCCAGCGUGGUUCAGAUCUGUCGGUGCGAGCUUCUUAGAUUCCACCUGAUCGAGACAACUUCUUUUUCCUCAAUGGGCUGGCUUUGUUUAAUUUCAGAUUCCCAGUUUUCUGCAGGUGGAUUAGUACGAAAGACCAAAUUAGGGCAGCAUCGUAGGGGAAAUCUCCAGCACAUUUCUUAACCCAGUGCCAAAGCUGAUUGGUUUACACUACUAUGACAUCAUCAAUGCAGGCCGCAGAUGGGUGUUGUGAUCUUGCAAUGCCAUCAUCGUCAUCUUUUUAAAAACACAAACAAAAAGAAGAUGACACGUCAGAUGAGUUGGACAGAUUUCAGACACGCGGGCUUUUUGAGACCGAUCCGAAGACUCUGGUGUAAUUAUGCGAGACUUUUCUCGUCUACAAGGUCCGCAUAAGGGGAAAAACAAAAAUAAAAAAACAACAACACCUGCAUCCAACCAUUCUUUCUGUUAGUAGGAAACUGAGGACAUCAUUUAAAAAGUUGAGGAAAAAAAACCCUGAAACAAACAAACAAAAAAUAUUUAAAAGUUCUGUACUUUGGAUGUUUAUAGACCUUAGUCUAAUUUAAUUUAUAAUAUAUUUUCUAUACAGGGAUAUGUGCACAAUCAUAUUCUGUAUAAAUGCAUAGAUGGCAUGUUGUAAAAGUUCAGACAGAAACGUGUAAAUAAGGUGUUUUUAUUCAUUUUUAACUGUU